UGUUGGGCAGGGAAUUUCGAUUUUAACGCGGUGUCAGCUUUGUAUGGAGAAUGAUGUCAUCGAGAGCGACAGAGAGAUAGAGGGGGACUGGGCACCCUCACCUCACAGAGCACAGGAAGGUCACGAACCCGGGUACGGCUGCCGUGGCUCCGUGUUUACAGCGGAAGGAAAGUGCCUCUGCGUCGCCCUGGAGACCAAGAGGGUCACCACAUCAACUCCCAAGCAUAGCCAUGCUCCCCCGGCCUCUCCCAGCUUUUCCUCUUCCGUGGACCACAGUAAAGAUAAUAGGCAUGAUCCCACACCACCAAAGCAAAGAAAACCCAACAGCAAGGAUAAAAAUACUCUUCUCUCUCCUGUAAGUUCUUUUCAAGCCAAGGAGACACAUGCCCCACGCACAAGGAACAAAUCAGAUCCCAAGGAUGUGGGAGAGAGGCACACACCCGAGACCCCCUCAAAAAACAGGAAACGGGGGAAGAAGAGUGUGGGUGUCUAUAAGAGACAAUCAGUUAAAGAAGGAAACAAGAGCCCAAAGAAGAAGCAGAAACGUUUUCGGCCGGGGACUGUGGCACUCCGAGAGAUUCGCUUUUAUCAGAAAGGAGGCAAUAUGGUGCCCAAGCUGUCAUUUUCUCGGUUGAUUCGUGAGAUUCUACAAAGCAUCAACCCUGAUCUAAGAAUCCAGAGCUUAGCUCUAGCAGCACUACAGGAAGCUGCAGAAGCUUACAUCAUCUCAAUCAUGGAGAUGGCCAACCUGUGCAGCAUCCAUGCCAAGCGAGUCACCCUCUAUCCAAAGGACAUACGCCUCGUAAGGAGGAUACGUGGCAACACAUAAACUCUAGAAUAUUGUAAUAGAUGUAUUGCUGUGAGAGGUCUGAAUGGUUAAUUUUGGUAUCAGAAAAUUUAUAGAAAUUUUCAUUUUUGUUAUAACAAUAAUAUUUUAGUGGAAAGGAAGGAGGUGAUAUCACUUUUUUUAGUUGUAGGAUUUAAAAAAAGAAAUGUUUUAUCUGAUUUUCUUGUGUUUGUAUACUUAGAACAAUGAGUAUAUAAAGACACUAUGAUUAAGUUUUACACGUGAGCAUGUGUACAUGAUGAUGUUGAGAACAUCAUUUCUUAAAAAAGGUUUGCCUCAAUAUGUUUUCCUUUUAUUGAAAAAAGAAAAGAAAUCGAAAUGUAAUUUCUGUUACAUGAAAAAGAGAAGAAAAUA